CUCUCUUUCCUCUCACCAGACAAUAUCACUGCAGAAAGGUACAAGCGGCCGCUCUCCACAGGGCUAUUGAACAACUCCCGUUUCGUACGAUUUUGGCCUGGAAUUGAUGACAGAAAGUAUCUGUAAAUGAGGCACGCCACGUGUAUUUGCCUGUUUUUUGGACAGCAUUUGGUGGAAUCGAUUCUAUUGGAAGAUUUAACCCUGUGUGAGCAGCAGUUCUGGAAUAUAGAUCUUUUUUUGUUGCGCUGAGAGCUUGAAUCUUUGCUUCUAUUCCUUUUACGGCAUCAGUGGCAGCGCGCGGGGUUUGGUGUCAUUGGUCCGGCUUUUGAUGUACCCUAUUUAAAACAUCUGCGGGCAAAUUGAUAGGAUUUUGAUUAAUAGGUAGGCUAGCAGCAAAUGGUGCUAGUGCCAUGUUUCUUAGGUAGGGCCCGGAUGUUCCGAGGAUGCACUGGUUCGUCUUCUUAGGUGGUUCAAGCGAAUAUCUAUUUAUGUGUUCCAACUCCAGAAUGGGGAUCAGGUAAUAUUUACUGAAACGCAACAAAAAAAAGGAAUAUCGAAAGCUGUCCGGGCGUUAUUCUUUUUUUAUUUUCCUUCUCUUUGGUUUCUCUUUUUUCUUCCUCUCUACUCCUUUUACAAGCCUUUUCUCCAUUCACCUACGGAUAAAGCUGGACCAUAUUUAUGGUAAAUGAAAGCAAAAACAUGUACAUACCAGAGGACACCCUUGAGAACCAUCAAGGCUCCGACUACUCCCCCCCACCGCUGUCGGAGGUGGCGCCCAGUCUGAACGACACCAGCGUUGCAGAUGGAGGAGGCGGCGUGGGCGGCGUCACAGCCCUGGGUGGAAGUGGAGGUGGGCGCGGGCCCCUGGAGGCCGUGGUCGGAGGGGCGGUGGUGGGGCUAGCGGCAGAGCACAUCCCCAGCGGCCCCGGGGCGGCCCUCACCUGGCAGGCGGCCAUCGAGGCGGCGCGGCAGGCCAAGCAGAUGGGGAACGCGGGCGCGCCCAUCUCCACAGCCAGCUCCACACAGAGGAAGAGGCAGCACUACACCAACAAGCCCAAGAAACCCAUCAACACGGCCCCAACCAGACCUCCCAGAGCCCUGCUCUGCCUCACCCUCAAGAACCCCAUCCGCAGAGCAUGCAUCAGCAUAGUGGAGUGGAAACCGUUUGAAAUUAUCAUUUUGAUGACUAUAUUUGCGAACUGCGUGGCCUUAGCUGUCUACAUCCCCUUCCCAGAGGACGACUCCAACGCCACCAACUCAAACCUGGUAAGUCACACCUGACCUGACACAGGCUCUUAUGUCAUGUUGCUAUGGUUAUUACGCUCUGUUUGACUGUAGGUACCAGGUGGCUGUGUGUGUGUGUGUAGGGGGGGGGAAUGUGGGGCUCCCGAGUGGCGCAGGGGUCUAAGGCACUGCAUCUCAGAUAGAGGUGUGCCAGAGGCGUCACAGUAGUCAAUGGUUCGAAUCCAGGCUGCAUCACAUCUGGCCGUGAUUGGGAGUCUCAUAGGGUGGCGCACAAUUGGCCCAGGUUUGGCCGGGGUAGGCCGUCAUUGUAAAUAAGAAUUUGUUCUUAUCUGACUUGCCUAAUUACAUUUUAUAAUGUGUGGUGACCUGGUCCUCCUGUGUGUUACUGUGUGUGGUUGAGAUGGUAACUGCUGGCUGUGUGGUGACCUUGUCCUCCUGCUGGCUAUGUGGUGACCUUGUCCUCCUGCUGGCUGUGUGGUGACCUUGUCCUCCUGCUGGCUAUGUGGUGACCUUGUCCUCCUGCUGGCUGUGUGGUGAACUGGUCCUCCUGCUGGCUAAUGUGGUGACCUGGUCCUCCUGCUAAUGUGGUGACCUGGUCCUCCUGCUGGCUAUGUGGUGACCUGGUCCUCCUGCUGGCUAUGUGGUGACCUGGUCCUCCUGCUGGCUAUGUGGUGACCUGGUCCUCCUGCUGGCUAUGUGGUGACCUGUUCUUCCUGCUGGCUAUGUGGUGACCUGGUCCUCCUGUGUGUUACUGUGUGUGGUUGAGAUGGUAACUGCUGGCUGUGUGGUGACCUGGUCCUCCUGCUGGCUAUGUGGUGACCUGGUCCUCCUGUGUGUUACUGUGUGUGGUUGAGAUGGUAACUGCUGGCUGUGCGGUGACCUGGUCCUCCUGCUGGCUAUGUGGUGACCUGGUCCUCCUGCUGGCUAUGUGGUGACCUGGUCCUCCUGUGUGUUACUGUGUGUGGUUGAGAUGGUAACUGCUGGCUGUGCGGUGACCUGGUCCUCCUGCUGGC